UUUGAGUACCGAGGAAACUUCAGUAGGAACCUUCAGUAGAGGUUCUCAGUUCAUACAUGGCCCCAGGCCAGCAUAAAGUAGCCAUUUAAAAACCUACUAAAUAGGACACACCCUUUUGUUCAGCAUUGAUACGUCGGUGUGACUCUUUUGUGAGCCCAAAAGAGUUUCUCUCACUUUCUCUCAGAGAGAGACAGAGUGAAUGAGUGAAACUGGAGCGAGAGCUUCAAAUGCAAGAGCAGGAUGAUGAUGAAGGGCUGUGCUUCCAGUUUUUUUUGACCACCUCUUCUGCACAGGGUGAUACCCUGCCAGGCCUGACAUUCACACGUCUGGGCCUAUUCUCAACCAUCCGUCUUCUCUGGUGGAGGACAGAGGACUGCUCGUGAGGAACUCCUUCCCUGAGGUGGACCUGUUGGUCGUGGUGUUGGAGAACACACCGCACAUCCUCUGACCCUGACUACUCAAAAAGUGCCACAGACACCCAAGCAUGAGGAGCACAGUGUGUGAGCAGAUCGGGAACACCCCACACCCCCACACACCCCCCGACCCCGAGGGGACCUGGCACGACCCGGGGGACGUCAAACCGCCUCGCAGUCUACUGGGACUACCGGAGCUGGGCUGGCCGGACAUCUUCCAGUCAUGCAGUGAGGCGAUGGACGAUGAAGACGAGCCCUGUCUUCAGAAGGCCGCACCCCACAGCCUGAGCCCCGCAGAGGCACUGGGGGAGGUGGUCCACAGCAGUCCCAGCAGCAGCUCUCCCUCACUGCUGGACGGCCAGGCAGAGGAGUGCUCCCUGGAGCAGGUGCAGACGAUGGUGGUGGGAGAGGUGCUGAAGGACAUCGCCACGGCCUGCAAGCUGCUCAACAUUGAAGCAGAUCCCCUGGACUGGAGCUGCGUACACGUGCAAAAGUGGCUGCUGUGGACGGAGCACCUCUACAGACUGCCCCAGUCGUGUAAGAUGUUCCAGGAGCUGACGGGGAAGGACCUGUGCUCCAUGAGCGAGGAGGACUUCAGGCAGCGCUCGAUGCAGUGUGGGGACAUGCUGUACGCUCACCUGGACAUCUGGAAAUCAGCUGCUGGUAUGAAGGAAGGGGGAGAAGGCAAAUCCAGUGGUGAUAACGCGUGGUCAGAAGUGGUCUCUCACUACCCCAGCCAGCCUAUCCACCUGUGGCAGUUCCUCAGGGAGCUGCUCCUCAAGCCCAACAACUACAGCUUCUGCAUCCGCUGGAUCAACAAGGAGAAAGGGAUAUUUAAGAUAGAGGACUCAGCUCACGUGGCCAGGUUAUGGGGCAUCAGGAAGAACCGGCCAGCUAUGAACUAUGACAAGCUGAGUCGAUCCAUACGCCAGUACUACAAGAAGGGCAUUAUCCGCAAGCCAGAGGUUUCCCGGAGGCUGGUGUACCAGUUUGUGAACCCUGUAUGACAGCGUGUGUCCAGCGGAGCCUCAGAAAAGGAAAACAGGAAAGGACAAAGGAAAAUAACUCUUUCUUAUUUUUCGAUUUUAAAGACUGCCUACUAGAAAGAUAUGCACUCCUGCCUGUUUUGUUAUGAUUUUUUCAAUCAGAAUAAUGGGUUGUUAUUCCAAGUGACUUGGGUUUUUACUGUGUUGUACUACUCCCUGAUGAAUGGCACUUGGUUUUUCUCCCCCCUUUACCUUGUGUUACCUUGUGUAGAGGGGAGGGAGAUGUGACUCACUGUAUUUUCAAGCUCUAAUUCCAAAGAAGGUAGGUAUUUAGUAGAUAGCCGUGCCUUGCACAAUUCUUUUGGCUUUAUAUUUGGUCAUUGUCUAAAACAAUAAAGCAUUUCUCAGUUCUCAUGAGUAAUCAAUCACAGGCAUAUAAUAUAUGAUACAAUGCAAAUCAGAUUUUAUCCUCUGGGAAUAUUGGACAUGAAAGAAGCACACGGACACCAUUGCAUUUUUCAACAAACCUGUUUUCUCCUCUUAAACCAAUAUCGCAAUAUCCACAACCAUAACAACAAAUUUGAUUCAGGUUUUCACUAAUAAUAUUAUCACUGAUCAUUAUCAUCUUUAUGCAUAUUUGAUAAAUGGAGUUUGUGUUACAUUAAGAUGAACAGGCACUACACCAGUUAGGAGAUAAAAGUACAUCACUAACUAUGAACAUACAUCUUCUUCUACUCUGCUAAUAUAGGGUCUUUACAACAUGGACUGUUGUCACUCCCCCUUUGUGUGCAUAAGGAAGAUAAUCAACAUAAAAAAGCAUUUACAUAUACACCUUUUUUACUGCCUCAACAUAGUUAGGUUUCAUUUUCAACUCAACACAGUUGUACAGUUACAAUAGAAUAUAAUCUUUAAAUUACAUCAUCAUAUACAAAUCUGACGGCGUGAGGGUGACGUCACGCCCUUAUAUGGUACAUUGACAAUUCCAUCGUGAUGAAAUUCAUACAAUAUGGUACUUAUUAUUUCAUGUUUUUCCAUUGUUAUUUUUAAUGAAACACUUUUACAUGUAUAACACUACAUUUUGCCUGUAUACUCAAUCGCAUUUUUUUCUUCUUUUUAUAUUUCUAGAACAUGUACACAACUCAUACACACUGGAUGAUGAAGAUGACAUU